AUGAUCUCUUCCCGUCUCCAGCCGCGCCUGCUCUCCUUCCUGCGCUCACAUACCGCUGCUCAAACGACGCAGCGCCGCCUCGCCUCCUCCUCCUCCCCCUCCUCCGCGCCUCGACCGCCCUCCAAACGACGAGCCACGAACCCGCCGCCAGCGUCCACGCCAAGCAGCGCUGCGGCGGCGGUGCUCCGCGCGCGCGUCAACGCAGAAAAAGAGGCACCGCCGGCAGAGACGGCCGAGGCGUACAAAGAGCGGUACAAUGGCGCGGCGCGGCGGUGGACGUUGACGAUGAUUGCGCUGCCCAUCUUGCUGGUGACGAGCUACUACCUCUUUGACCGGUUGGCUUUAGGACACCCAGUCAAGGUGUUGAAUCGUGAAGUGCCGAAACGAGAAGAGUAA